AUGGCAACACCUUCCAGCAAUAGCCCGUCGAUUGCGGCUAUCCAGUACUUGAUAAAUCACGUCUUUCUUCCUCCAAGAUUACCCCAGGAAGAUGACUCCAAAGCUCAGCACGAAUCAUUACUGAUAAACAUCACCAUUGACGCUCUUUCGAAGUUCAAGGUUCAUGUCAACAAUGAUCAGAGUGAUAACAUCACUUCUGUUCUGCAAAUGAUGAUCGUCUUGAAGAACAUUCACCCUCCUCAUAGCAACAUCUACGAAGCAGAGUUUCUGCAGGCUCUCGGAGACCUCCCAAUCAAAGGUGAGUACCUGUCGUCUAUAAACUCUACUCAAGUUAAUUGUCUCAUAGGGGGCACAAUCCCAUUGUAUGUCCGCGCUCAAAAUGCUGGUCUCCUAAUCAGAAAAAUCGACAAGAAUUACCAUUUUGAAGCAUUUGAGUUAUCACCUCUCAAUGAACAGGUGAUAAAGACUAAAGGCAGGCUUCGGCGAAUGUUUCCAGGCCGCGUGUUACUUGUCAAACCCGAAGUCUUUGAACAACCCGACUUCCAAGCUACGGUAGCCCACACUCUUUCGAAGAUGGGUCACCAAGCCGUGAUCGGUACACAACCUCAAGCGAAGAAGGCAGGGCAGAUGCUGGACGAGGAUCGGGAUACUGCUCACCCGAAGAUGGUCACGGAGCUUUUCUUCGGUUUCUUAGGCGCUGUUGCUGAGCCUGUGGAUGGACACCCUCUAUGGAAGAACACUCGAGAAGAAGUGUUGUGGCUCGACAGUCACCGACCUUGGAGAAGAUCGCCCCAAUGGUUGCUUAUGCGUGUUGCUAUGCAGCAUACAGCAGAAGCCGUGUACAAGGAAUUCAUGAUGUUUUUCAUGGCCUAUGUUCUUGAGAUGUCCCAUCAACGCCCGGACAUUGACAGCGAUCUCAUACAUAUCAUGCAUGCCAAGAUUAUCCGACGUUUGCUCAAGCUCAAUCCCACCUCCGAUUGUCCUGGACUUGAAUUCGUGCAAGUAGUUCUACAACGCACUUCCAAUGUCCUUCGAAACAGAUGGACAAUCAUUCAGAAGCAAGCAGACCCGACUUGCAAUUUAUCAGAACUUCCGCAAUUGGACUUUAUUACCGACACGAUCAUGUCCCUUCCGGGGCUAGAUCAAUAUCUCCAAAUGAGACAUAAGCGAAAGCAUCAAAGCAAUUCUGUGGCAUUCCAAUCCGGAUCCAAAUUGAUCAAGUGUUCAGCCAAAGACCUACCACCGGACGUACAAUCUUCGAAUCCGGAUAUUUUGCCGUACAAUGUAAAGAAUGUCGAAUCCUGGGUGGAAUCCCAUUUGGACGCCUGGGUAGCGCGAGAACUCGAUCACAACACCACGUGCCAAAGACUCGCUGGCUUGAUUCAGAGUUAUUUUGCUGCUGCUUCUCGUUUGUGUCAAGGCAACCCCGAAACUACCUCCAUAAUGCUCCUCACUAUUCUGGAGAUUUGGAUCGCUUGUGACAAAGUUGCCUGCCACGUCUGCAAUAUCUUGCAACACUACGAUCCGGGCAUCCCACGAGAACUUUUCACAUCGUUGCUGCUACCAUUGAAGUCUCAAAUGCUGAGGCUACUCAACGCAGAAAAGUAUCUGAAUGAUCGCCGACGUAUUGCCGAUGAGAAGGUCCCAGACAUCUUCAAACAUUUUGGAAGUGUAGACUCCUUCUCGGUUCGAUAUUUCCAACAAUCUUCUGAGCAUCGAGAGCUGUUUGAAAAGAUUGUACGUCACGCCACAGAACAACGACAAGCAAAAUGCGCAGAGCUUGCCCAAAAGAAGAAGCUGUACAAUGAUCUAAUCAAAAAGUGCGAUCUGAUCGUGGAUCACGAAUCUCGUGAAGUUCUCGUUGAUUCGUACACUGAUAUCAACGGAGAACGUCACGAAAUUAAAAUGCCAACACAUCCAAGUACUUGCCAGAAGUGUGCCUACAAGACUCAAGCCGAUCGAUUAAGAAUCGAGACUCAUGAAUGGCCACUUCCUGAGAAUAAUAUGAAUGCACAAUCUGUGGUUUUCGAACUCAAUGUUCCAUCUUGGUUCGGAUAUUGGCGCGAUGCAACUGUGUUCUUCUUGAUCGAUAUUCUCCAGAGCGAAUAUAGCGUGUCGCAGUCACCUCGAUCACGUUACCCCCUACAUACUUAUAGCGGACUCUCCUCUUUCUUCAAGCAAUUCAGCGGGAUGCAACGAAUCGGCAUGCUCUCGGAGGAUAAACCCUCUGGAAAUACACACCGACGAGAAGUUCUUGUCUCCACGAGCAAUGAGAACGCCGUUUGUGUGAAUCAUGGACCCAAGUUUAAGUAUCACGACAGUACCCUUGGAUGCUUUGUUGAUAGCUUUUGCGUUUCUGAUGAAAUCUCAAAACGCUGUACAUUCACACUGCCCACUCGGGUGGCUUCGCUGCAACGUUUCAUCUUCCGUCCUGAGUUGUUGCCAGAUGGCCCCAAACCAAAUGCGGUCCCCGCUAGCCAAUCAGAAUGCCCAGUCUCUAUGUCACCUGCCGAAUAUACAGCUUUGAGUACCCUUCCCCUAGGCUGUAGAAUUCAAUGGCGCAACAUAGAGGUUGAAUUGUACAUGCCUACUGUAGACUUCAAGAAAGUCGAGACAACUCUGGUCAUUUUGCAAGUUAUCUACCAAGCUGGCCGUCUUGAAGGCAAUGGUGUCCUCCGAGAGAGUCAUGCGAUUGUUGGCGACACGCAAUUCGCCACUACUCUCUUGGUUGCCCUUGAGCAGGCUCUGCAGCGAAUUAAAGAGAAUUGGGAGUCCUCACAAGCUCUCUGUACUUUCAUCUCACUCGCAACUCGAGUACUGUCCUUGACUGCCUCAAAAAACCUUGCAGAUAAAUAUUUACUUUAUAUUUCAAGUAUUCGAUGUGUCGCUUUCAAAUGGGCCAUGUAUCUCAAGAAAAAAGCUUCCACUGCUACCGACGAUAAACAGAGAGCGGAAUUUCGACUGAAAGCCGUCGAGAUUGCGUUGAUCUGUCUCACGUCUUUCAAUCUUGAAGGCGAGUACUUAGACAGAACUCUUUCUGUACAAGAGGACGCUUCACUAUUCUUCCAAUGCUGCUUCCUCAUCCAAGAAGAGGACUACAGCAUCUCGAGCUCUUCCGACUGCAUGGUUACUUUACUGUACCAUCGCUGGAAGAUGAUAUCUUUCCGCAGCUAUCAUAUACUGAGUGAAUCUAUCACCCAGGGAGACGACGCAGCUUUGAAUGACGCCGUGAAAAAGACUUGGUCUGCGUUCGAAGCAGGAGAUCACUGGCAAAAAGUGUCAAGAGAUCUUGAUUACUGGCUCGUCAGCCAUACUGCAUCCAACAGCGCUUCUGGAUCACUUACAGUUCAUUUCAACUUGCUAACAGGCAAGCUUCUUGUGGACGGCUUGCCACUAGCUCGUCUACCAUCGAAAUACGAACAGCACUCAACAUACCGCUCUCUCUUCGGCAAUUCGACCCUUGAUAUCAUGCCAACGUCUGCUCCAGGUAUGCAAUUUUCUGGCAAGGAAGAGUUCUCAGGACAUACCGUUCAUUUUAAUAUGGUGCCUUCCCAAGAUUCGGCUGGCAAGACUGUAAAAGACUUCUUAGUCCGGGCUUCUAGACAGGGGCAAAGUUUCGAGCUCAUUCCAUCAAGACUCCUCGAGGGGGAGUUUCCGUCAGACUUGGUCACGAACUUUGCUCAUUGGUACAAUGUCACGGAUAAUUCUGUGGAAUUUCGACCGAUUGGAGAUCCCUGGACUCGAUGUCUUGACACAUGUUGGGUAUUAACCAAGUCGAAAGCCGGGUUUUCAAGUCGAUGGCGCUUGGUGAAAGAAUCUCAAGAUACUUUGCUCAGCAUCAAGAGUGCUACAGCUAGAACUCUGUCUAAGAUACUCGCACCCCUCGAGGACCCAACACAAAUCCACAUCGUCUUAAAUCUUGGUCUCUCGCCAUUGAUGAUCAACAUUGAGCUUCCCAGGUUUCAGCUAGGAUUUCGGCUACAGUCUCAAACGUCCGACAUACAGUCAAAACAAUUUCGAGGGAUGAUCAUCGAUACAGACCAGUCUCUGGGAACUCUUGUUGGACUUUCAAACAAACUCGUACUGACGCAAAGAAAGCGCGACCGACGCCUUGUUCUCGUCCCUGAGGGGCCCGUUUCGUGCCAGUCGAAGGCAUACGGGUCAGUCAGUCACGUCAAUGUCGAAGUGGAAAAACCCCUGUCUACCAGAGUCCAUGCAUACAAUGUGGACAGAAUGACCGGCAAGCUAUCAGAUAACGGAAGCCUGCAAAGCAAAUUAUAUCUAUGUUAUUUACAUAGCCUCACAUCCUUCUGUUUGGCCGAUCCCCUUACUCGAAGUACUGGGACAGAGCAGGCUUUGUCGAUUUUAGAUUCUGCCGCGAUCAAGUCAAUUGUUCAACUAGCCCCAAGCAACAUUGAGCUUUUAGGUCUGCUGGGAUAUUUGACUCCUGGCAGAAGCUAUUACCCAACGAAUGAGCGUGUCAUGCAGAGUAUUGAUUGGUCUAUGCACGUUGGUUUCAUGGCGCGGCAUGGCAGCUUUCAUAAAUCUGUUCAAUCGAUAUAUGACCAAGCGGAGACAUACAGCAUAUUUCAACCAGAAUCUUGCAUUGAGCGACGACACCAGAGAACUGUUGACCUACAUUUACUUGAACGAGAUUGUAUUCGAUCGUCAACCUUUCGUGUUUCGGGCUCCGGUGCAGAAGAACAUACUGUCAAACACGACCAAAUUUACACAUCCAGAGACCAGAACCAGGAUUCUGAACAAGAGCACAAGGCGUUCGCAAUGGCAUACAUCAUAGCCCACAGACGUAGGUAUUUGCACAAACCAGUUCGACAACGCCUGGCAGACCACCUGCUGGCCAUACUCUCGGAGGCCCGAACUGUUUAUGGCCCGAGCCGGCCGUUGCCAUUGUCAGAUAUACGCUACGAUGGUCUCCUUCUUCAGAAUCAUAUGGUCUUUCUGGCACAACAUUGGAUGCCUCUUCACCAUGCGCUUCGAGGAGCAAGAUCUUCUAUUGAUGAAUUUCGCCUCAUGAUUUGGCUCUCCACCUUAGGGUAUUCAACCAACGCCGACAUGGAGGCUCUCCAGGCCGUGGCUUCCUUCUAUACGACACCAGAAGUAGGUCUGAUAUCUGCUCCGCCGAUCAUCUCAUUUCAGCUUGACGCAGGAACUGAUGUCAAACCUGACGAAUUGCUAAAGAUUUUCCGACCAGCCCUCUUCGUACUCACUCGCUGCCCGGAGGGGACUUUAAAAAAGAAGCCAUACGAGAAAAACAAUCAGUUCGUAAACAGACGCCAAUCUGAAUUUCAAAGAAACCAGGACAAAGCUCUGAACGCGUUAGCUACAGCGUUGAAGGAACAAUGGCCAUGUGAGGUCCCGACAAUGCCUGGCCAGGAGCAACGUAAGACCAUAGACGCUUAUAUGAACGUUGAGCAGGCAGUCCAGCUUGCAAAGCCACGUUUCAAAGUCUGGUUCGAAAAUCGUCGGUAUCUCAAGUACUUAGAAGAUAUUUCGACAGUCCUUUCCGUACAAUCUGUCAAGCCUGUGCCGAGACCAUCAUACGUAAAGAAAGUCCCUACGCCGUCUCUCCAGAGCGAACAAUACCAGAGAUUUGUCAGUACCGACACCAUAUUCAGUUGUUCAGCUCCCCAGCUUCCACAAUUGAAUAAGACCUCUAUUACAGGCCUCGUCGCUCAUUACCCCGAAGCCAAAUUAGAAGUGCCUCUUCUCAAUAUCUUGUUAGAGAGUCUCGAGCAAUCAACUACUUCGAACUACGAGGAGAAUUACGCUAAAGCGCUUCGUGGUAGUCUUGGUUCGUUGCAGGGAUUUGAAAAUCGACUUCACUUGCAGUUGGAUCGUGGCGUCCGUAAGGCUCGUCUUUCCGAUUACCUUAUUAGUUGCAGAGUACAUGUUCAACAGGUCUUUGAUGCUAUCAUUUGUUGUCUAGCAUCCUCCAACAACUCUAUAUCGAUGUCUCUGGCUAUUGAGGUUAAUCAAUGGCCAAGACUUUCUCCGAUAUUCCUGCUUAGGCAGCUCAAUCGCAAGCGUUGGAGUGGAAUUCCAAGCCGCUGGCAAGAAUGUAUCAUUCAGUAUGGACUUGCUUUCACCGAAUUACAUAGAGCUGAAAGACUUCUAAGCUACGCCGAUAACGAAAUGGAGCUCAUUCGAGAGCUUCAAAACGCCGGCCAUACGAAUUGGAGCCCUUUCGAGUAUCCCGAGUCCCUACUCCUUGAGGUUGAGAGCGGCAUUAUGAUCCGAGAAGUACAAGAGCAGAUCGCUGGACACAUGAGGAAACCAGCAUCUGGUGCAAAUUCUGUCAUGCAAUUGAACAUGGGAGAGGGAAAGUCCUCGGUCAUCGUUCCAAUCGUAGCUGCCGCUCUUGCAGAUGGCUCCUGUCUGGUCCGAGUCAUCGUUGCUAAGCCCCAGUCAAAGCAGAUGUUGCAAAUGCUAGUAUCGAAACUGGGCGGAUUGCUGGAUCGACAGGUGUAUCAUAUGCCAUUUUCUCGUGCAUUGAAACUUCAUCCCGAAGAUGGGAAAGCAGAAGCUAUGGGCAAGAUUUACCGAGAUUGCACGCAGAAUGGUGGUAUUCUCCUAGUACAACCGGAGCACCUGUUGUCAUUCAAACUUAUGGUCCUCGAGUGCUUCAUCGCGGACAAAGCCCUGAUUGGCAGAUCUCUUCUGAGAAUGCAAGAAUUUUUUGAUAGGUCGUCGCGCGACCUUGUCGACGAGAGCGAUGAGAAUUUCAGUGUCAAAUUUGAGCUGGUCUAUACCAUGGGCUCCCAACGUCCGAUCGAGUUCAGCCCCGAACGUUGGUUGUGCAUUUUCACCGUCCUGGAUAUGGUCAGACAGUUUGCAUUUGAGGUCAAGAAUGAGUUCCCUCAGUCACUCGAUGUCGAUCAACGACAGCCAGGAAGUUUCCCUCGCAUUCGAUUUCUCCGACCUGAUGCCGAGCGAGAAAUUAUCGGUCGAAUCGCCCAACACAUCUGUGAAGCUACUGGCAUGAAUGGACUUCCAAUUGUUAGACGGUCGAAACCUGACAGACAAGCUGUGUACAGAUAUUUGACCGAAGCAAACCUUAGCCCAGAGGAAAUCGCCUUGGUUGAAGGUCCUGGUGGUUUCUGGACAUCAUCAACAUGCAAUGCUCUUCUUCUUUUGAGAGGUCUGUUUGCUUGUGGAAUUUUAUCGUUUGCAUUCGGUCAGAAGCGUUGGAGAGUCAAUUAUGGGCUUGACGUCACUCGUAAGCCUGGGACAAAGUUGGCGGUACCAUAUAGAGCCAAAGACAACCCUACUGCUCGCUCUGAAUUCAGCCAUCCUGACGUUGUCAUUGUCCUGACGUCUUUGACUCAUUACUAUGGAGGCUUGCAGGAUGACGACCUGUCUAUGGCUUUCGCCCACCUGCUACGAUCGGAUCAGGCAGAUAUCGAAUAUGGGGUCUGGGUUAGAGAUGCCCCAAGUCUACCACAUUCCUUUAAAACUCUGUCAGGCAUCAACCUAAAAGACCGCAUCCAGUGCGAAGAGCAAGUUUAUCCUAGUCUCCGAUACUCGAAAGGAGCAAUCGACUACUUUCUGGCUCGUAUCGUCUUCCCAAAGGAGAUGAAAGAAUUUCCCCACAAAUUGUCCGCAUCUGGAUGGGACAUUGGAAAAACUAGACCACCUGGACUUCCAUUGACAGGUUUUAGCGGUACAAACGACUCACAGAUGGUUCUUCCACUUACCGUUGGACAUUUAGAUCUUCCCGAGCAAGAACACACCAAUGCUCUUGUACUAAAGUACCUCCUACAGGACGAAAACUCUGUCGCUCUGAUGAAGCCACGGUUCGAUGCUUCAAUCUCAGACGCCCGAGCUUUGUUGGCCAUGGUGAUCGCAAUGCCCGAGAAAGUUCAGGUGAUUCUUGAUGUUGGUGCGCAAAUUCUCGAACUCGACAACCUGGAGGUUGCAAAGGAAUGGCUGAAAAUGAUGUCCAAUGACGAAGAUGCGCAAGCCGUUAUUUUCUGCGAUGACAAUGACGAGCUUUGUGUUCUUGAUCGACACAACAAUAUCGAAGCCUUGCAAACAUCUUCAUUUGCAACGCAGAUGGAUGUUUGUCUCGUUUACUUAGACGAGUCCCAUACACGUGGCACUGAUCUCCGAUUGCCAACAACAUAUCGAGCCGCUGUUACUAUGGGUCCUAAUUUGACGAAGGAUCGUCUAGUUCAAGCAUGCAUGAGAAUGCGAAAGCUAGGGAAAGGCCAGUCAGUAGUCUUCUGUGUUCCGGAAGAGAUCAAGGCCAGAAUACUGGCCCGAGCAUCAAAAUUGAGCGACGCGAGCAUUGAUGUAUCUGACGUUCUUAGUUGGGCAAUCUCUGAAACUUUCGUCGACACACGCAAAAGCAUUCCACUUUGGGCAGCCCAAGGUCAACGAUUUGAGCAGCAGAGCGAGCUAUGGGCUGCGACUUGUACCCAGGAUGGCUUCGUCAUGUCGCAGUCUCAAGCUGAGAGUUUUCUCGAAGAUGAGAUGCAGAGCCUGGACCAUAGGUAUCGACCGCGUGUCAGGGCCAAUUCAGUAUCGCUCAUGCAGCCAAGCAGCAACCAAAAUCUGAAUAAGAUCGCAGAGCGCUGCAAAGAAUUGAACAAUCUCAACUUUGUCUCUGCCACGCUCCAAGAAGAACAAGAGCGCGAGCUUGCGCCCGAGAUUGAGCAAGAGCGUCAGACUCAGAAAGCGGCUCCGGCAGAACCAGCAGACCACAAAUUGCAUGCUGACCUGAUGAAAUUCGUGUCUGCUGGGGUCCCGGUCCCAAACUCAAAAGCUUACAUACCGGCUUUUUCAUCAUUGCGCACUACCAGCGCAGCAAAAGGUUUCGAUGUCUCCCAAUUCCCGAACGAUCUCCUGGUCACAGAGGACUUUUCAAAGACGAUUCAAGUAUCUAGUUACAGCACGUACAUCUCGGAUAGCUUUCAACGACCUGUACGUUGGGUUCUCACGAGCACGGGACCACUUGGUGGAACUACGAUCAAGCACAUGCUGAUCAUCAGCCCUUUCGAGGCAAACUUGAUCGAGCCACAGAUCAGUGGAUCGAAAAUGAUCACUCUGCACCCGUACGCCCCAAGAUUGACUCUUGGAUUCCUUCCGAUGGACAGAUUGGAUUCUUCAACAUGUCCAUCUCGGUCGCCGUCCUUAAUAGUACCUCGUAAGUUCGUUGUUCUACUCAAUUUGUUUGCAGGGCAGCUAUAUUUCAGCUCAUUCGAGGAAUAUACCGAGGUCUGUGACCUGCUUGGCCUUGCGUGGGAAAAAUCUGAGAAUGGCAGCAGCGUUGCGCCCGAUGGAUUUAUCUUGAAGAGUGGCAAUAGCAGUAGACAGUCGACGUUCAAGCAGAGCCCUACCAUGUUCUUGCAAGUCCUCAUGACAAAGGUUCGCAACCACUGCGAAAGCAUCGAGAAGACUCAUAUGGGGAAGAUGUUGAAUGGAACGUUGCUGACUCGGGCUGAUUUUGAGAAGCUGGAGGAUGGGCUUGCAUGAUCUCAUGGUCUUUCAAAGUGGAUGCGGUCAUCAGAGGGACUGGCGAUCUGCAGGGGACGUUGCUUGCAGAUGGGAUAGAGUUUAGGGGAUAAAAACACUAUUUGUAUCAAUAAUUUGUCGAAGAAGUCUGUAAGGG